CCUGCUUCUCUCAAGACAAUCUCUCCAACUUUCUCCAUCGCUAAAAGCGAGUAUCGAAGAGAAACGAACUUUCCGGGUUGUCCUGAAAGCACCCCGAUCUAUCGGCGCAAGGUGAGCAAACUUCCUCAGGCUAUGCAUCAUGAACCUAACGUUCGACACAAAAGCAGGAACACCAUAUCGCUCCAUCAUGGAGUGGCACGCAGUCCUCGGACUCGUAAUCAGCACUAGUGACUUCGCGCUCAAUAUCGUGGUGAAUAGGGACAAGAUUAAAAAAGAUGCGGACGCGACUGCGCAAUGGAUCGUGAGAAUCGUACAGAUCCCCAAAGCGGUAGUCUCCAAGGAGAGUAGAGCCGUGGCAGAGCAGCUUGCCAGUAAACUUACUGCCAGAUCGACUCGACAAGCCGCGGAGCAGGACUUGCAGGCUGCUGUCAGCGCUCUGCAGCGGCAGACGGGCCAUGUGGCUAUCCAGAUGAGUGAAGAGGAGUUCCAUGAUGCGCUGGAAGGUGACGAUGGUUGGUGGUAUGCUGCUGAGGUUUUGGGGUUGAGUCCGGCGAAGGCUAAGGAUAGUUGAUUGGCUUGAUGGCAGCGGCAAGGUCGAAGGCGAGAAAGCGAGAGUGCUUGUGUCAAAGUCCAAGAUAGACUCCAUUGGUGGGACUUGCGGAGUAGUCAGAAUAGUGUUCCAACGUCGUGGCAGGUGUUCCAUGCUUUCAUUUCGCGGCAAGCCGGUACAGACCUGACCAAGGGUAAUG